AUGAUAACCACUUUUUUAAGUCAGCAUAGCCGUAGGACCACCUACAAUGCUAUUCGUUGGACGACCAAGCGAUCGUUUGCCCAUAUCAGCAAUCCUGUUGUUGAAAAGGAUUGUUCCUCCAUCACACCUCCUUAUGCCAAACUAGCCAAAAAUCUGGAUUUGGUCAAACGUGUUUUGGACAAUCGACCCUUGACAUUGGCAGAAAAGGUCGUUUAUUCUCACUUGACCCAUCCUGAAGAGACGGUACCCGUUCGUGGAGAAACCUAUUUGAAAAUCUCACCAGAUCGUGUGGCUAUGCAAGAUGCUUCAGCACAAAUGGCCCUUUUACAGUUCAUGCUCUCGGGCAUGUCUACCACUGCUGUACCAAGUAGUAUUCACUGUGAUCAUUUGAUUGCAGCCAACGAAGGAGCGGAUAAAGAUGUGAGUCAAUCAAAGAUAACCAACAAGGAGAUCUUUGACUUUUUGGAAAGUGCAGCCAAGAAAUAUGGUAUUGCGUUUUGGAAGCCAGGAAGUGGUAUUAUUCAUCAAAUUGUAUUGGAAAAUUAUGCUGCUCCUGGUGGUUUGAUGCUUGGCACCGACAGUCAUACGCCCAAUGCAGGCGGUUUGGGUAUGAUUGCUAUUGGUGUGGGUGGCGCGGACGCGGUAGAUGCUAUGGCCAAUAUUCCUUGGGAAUUGAAAGCGCCCAAUAUCAUUGGUGUGAAACUGACAGGACGAUUGAGCCCCUGGGCCAGCCCCAAAGACGUGAUUCUCAAACUAGCAGGGCUUUUAACAGUACGUGGAGGCACGGGUCAUAUUGUGGAAUACUUUGGCGAGGGUGUUCAGACGCUUUCAUGUACGGGUAUGGCGACGAUGUGUAAUAUGGGGGCUGAAGUAGGCGCCACGACCUCGAUCUUUCCUUACACGGGUCGUAUGCGCUCCUAUUUGGACGCGACAGGCCGUCAUGCGGUGGGCCAAGCAGCCGAUCAGCACGCCUCUUUCCUCCAAGCGGACGCCGGCGCUCACUACGACCGCGUCAUCGAGAUCAACUUGUCCGAUGUAGAACCUCAUAUCAACGGACCGUUCACACCUGACUUGAGCACGCCCUUGAGCAAAUUCAAGGAUUUGGUUUUGGAGAACGGAUGGAAAGACGAAGUGAGUGCUUCCUUGAUUGGCAGCUGCACCAAUUCAUCUUAUCAGGACAUGUCCCGUGCGGCUUCUGUGGCCAAACAAGCGAGUGAUGCAGGUGUGCCCAUCAAGGCACCAUUUUUAGUCACUCCGGGUUCGGAACAAGUGCGUGCCACCAUUGAACGUGAUGGACAACAACACGUCUUUGAAAGUGUGGGAGGCCAAGUGUUGGCCAAUGCUUGUGGACCUUGUAUUGGUCAGUGGAAACGGUCAGAAAAGAAAGGCAAAGAGAAUGCGAUUUUGACCUCCUUUAAUCGUAACUUCCGUAGCCGAAAUGAUGGUAAUGCGCAAACCAUGAAUUUCUUGGCUGCUCCUGAGAUUGUCACGGCCAUGGCUUUUUCAGGCAAGUUAACGUUUAAUCCCAUGGUGGACAGUUUAAAAGAUAAGGAUGGCAAUGACUUCCGUUUCCAGCCUCCCACGGGCGAUGAUCUUCCUCAACACGGAUUUGAAGCAGGCAGAAAGACCUAUGAGCCACCCUCACCGACACCGACGCCUGACGCUUCGGUUCAAAUUACGAUUGAUCCCCAGUCCAAACGACUUCAAGCGUUAGAGCCGUUCAAUGCAUGGAACGGUGAAGAAUUCAAGAAUAUUCGGGUGCUCGUGAAAGUGAAGGGAAAAUGUACGACGGAUCACAUCUCAGCGGCGGGACCCUGGCUCAAAUACAAAGGGCAUUUGGAAAACAUUGCUGAAAAUACCCUGAUUGGCGCUUUGAAUGCGGAUAAUGACAAAGUCAACGUGGUGCGCGAUGUGACAACGAACCAAGACGACACGAUUCCUGAAGUCGCCAAAUCCUACAAGCGCCAACAGAUCGAAUGGACGGUGGUAGCCGACCACAACUAUGGCGAAGGUUCGGCUCGUGAGCAUGCCGCUUUGCAAGUACGUUACCUCGGGAGUCCAUUGAUUAUUUCACGCUCUUUUGCUCGUAUUCACGAAACCAAUCUGAAAAAGCAAGGGGUGAUUCCUUUGACGUUCAAGAACGAGGCUGACUAUCAAAAGAUCAACGGAGGGGAUGUGAUUGAUACGGAAGGAUUGAAGCAUUUGGCGCCGGGUUCACCUGUGACAUUGGUUGUCACCAAGCCGGAUGGUACUCGCGUGCGUAUUGAGGCUGUUCAUACUCUGAGUGACGAUCAAAUUCAGUGGAUUCGUGAAGGUUCAGCGUUGAACCUUAUCAAGAAGAAAGUCUCUGCCCAACUCUAA